AUGGUAUCAUACGUUUCCAAAUUAGCCACUAAGACGUACCCAUACAUGGGUAAAAUGAACUCUAGCAACUUAUUAAGCUAUCUUCCAAACCUUGCAAUCUGGGGUGCUGCCUCCACUGCCGGUACCUUUGUAUUCACUGCAGGCUGGCCAAAGUUUCAAGACACCUUUUACAAGAAGAUCCCAGUGUUAGGUUCCUACUGGGACAAAGAAAUCCCGCCUGAGGAUAGAAUCAACUAG